ACAGUCACAAUAUAAUGUUUUCUCCUCUAUGCGAUCAUUCGGUUCAUGCCAAACGUUUAGGUGAACUGACGACAAGUUGCAUUGAUGAGGUGAAAGAAUGGAUGUUUGAACGAUCAAAUGUAUUUCCUGAUAUGAAUAAGGAUAUGGAGUUAGAC